UGUGAGGCUGAGCAGCAGCAGCAGCAGCAGCAUGGCUCCAGACUUUUGUUGAAAAAAGGCCACGCCUCUGGUUUGCUGCAGCUCGGUGUGUGUGUGUGUGCAGUCAGAGUGUGACAGCGGCUGCUUGCCUGAUUUUAUUUCAGUCAGUCAGUCAGUCAGUCGGAGGAGGAACGAGAGAGAGCGAUAUCACUAGUAGGAGGAGGACGGAAUAAGGCGGAUACCGGUUCCCUCGCUCUCUCUAUAUCUCAUGCAGUUGUGAAGAAGAAGAAGAAGAAGAAGACGCCCCCUCUCCCUCCCUGGUCUCUGCUCCCUGCAGCCUGCAGCCUGCACCUGCUCUGCCUCGUCUCGUCUUGUUGCCGUGUCUCGUCUCGCAGGAGUUGUUGAGCCUCUUUGCGAGUGAGUGAGAGAGCGGACGUUGCUUCUCUCUCAUUGUUAGAUAGAUAUACAGAUAGAUAGAUAGACUGGUUGUUUUCAGCAUGACUUCGGCGUACAACCUGGAUUUCCAGGCUCUCACCGAGAGUCGGUUAUUGGCUUCCGGCGACACAAUCAACGGCAACGGCAGCAAGAUGAACGGGUCGCUGGAGCAGUUGGACCAGCCGGAUCCAGACUCCAUCAAGAUGUUUGUGGGCCAGAUCCCGCGGGCUUGGUCAGAAACAGAACUAAAAGAGCUUUUUGAGCCCUUCGGAGCUGUGCACCAGAUCAACAUCCUCCGUGAUCGCACCCAGAAUCCCCCUCAGAGCAAAGGAUGCUGUUUUGUAACUUUUUAUACAAGAAAAGCUGCACUGGAGGCCCAGAAUGCACUGCACAACAUAAAGACUUUAAGUGGGAUGCAUCAUCCUAUCCAGAUGAAACCCGCUGACAGUGAGAAAACAAGUGCGGUAGAAGACAGAAAACUCUUCAUUGGAAUGGUUUCAAAGAAAUACGGCGAGAACGAGAUCAGAAUGAUGUUCUCGUCUUUCGGACAGAUCGAAGAGUGCCGAAUUCUCCGGGGACCAGAUGGUCAGAGCAGAGGCUGUGCGUUUGUCACAUUUGCUACCAGGGCAAUGGCACAGAAUGCAAUCAAAACCAUGCAUCACUCUCAGACUAUGGAGGGCUGUUCCUCACCUCUGGUGGCGAAGUUUGCCGACACACAGAGAGAUAAGGAGCAGCGGCGCCUGCAGCAGCAGCUAGUACAACAGAUCCAGCAGCUCAACAGCGCCUCCACCUGGGGAAACCUGGCCGGCCUGGGGACCCUCACACCGCAGUACCUGGCAUUGCUGCAGCAGGCCACAUCUACCAGUAACCAAGGCACUUUCAACAGUAUGCAGAGGCUAGGAGCGGGAGUGAACCCCCUCCAGCUGCAGAACUUGGCCACAUUAGCUGCUGCGGCUGCAGCCCAGAGUUCUGGCAGCCCGACCGCCGCCAGCGCCCUGUCAAACAGUGCAGCCCUAGGAGCCCUUGGCAGUCCUGUUGGUUCAGCGUCCAGUGCGAGUGCUGCCAUGAACACCUUGGCAUCUCUGGGCACCCUGCAGGGUCUCACUGGGUCCUCUAUGGGCCUCAACCUCAGCGCUCUCACCAACAGCGUCAGUGGUCUGGGGGCCAUGAAUGGAGGCCUGGGAGCCUCCAUGGCCAACGGGUCAGCAGCCAGCUCAAUGGACGCUCUGACCCAGGCCUACUCAGGGAUGCAGCAGUACACCGCCUCCGCCCUGCCCUCCCUCUACGGCCAGUCUCUCCUGCAGCAGAGCAUCGCUGGCGGACAGAAGGAAGUAGGGCCAGAGGGCGCCAACCUGUUCAUCUACCACCUUCCCCAGGAGUUCGGGGAUCAGGAUCUUCUGCAGAUGUUUAUGCCUUUUGGAAAUGUGGUCUCUGCCAAAGUCUUCAUCGACAAACAGACCAAUCUGAGCAAGUGCUUUGGGUUCGUCAGCUAUGACAAUCCCGUGUCUGCGCAAGCUGCCAUCCAGGCCAUGAAUGGUUUCCAGAUCGGCAUGAAGAGGCUGAAGGUUCAGCUGAAGCGCUCCAAGAACGACAGCAAACCCUACUGAUCCUAGCCCCGGGGCCUUCCCCCCCUCCCCAGCUCUAAUGCUAGCACUGCUAGGGUAAGUUCACCCUCCAGCCAAGGUCACCACAGCAGAGACUCAGUGGGGCAAGGGGAAAGGAGCCCACCACAGGAGGGAGACUCACUCUAUUCCUAACAAAAAAAAAAAUGGUUGCGAAGAUCUUUCCACAUUUUACUGUAUUUCAUUCCUGCGGUUUUAUCAUGUAAUUUGAGUCGGAUUAAAUAUUUUAAUGUAUAUGAUUAUUUAUGACUAUCACUGGAGUCAGUGUUCGCUGGAGGUAUUUUGUGUCACUGUAAUUAGUGGAGAGCAUCAGGUGUGUGUUUCCAUACCAUUCCAUUGCCUUCAGGUCAAGCUAGACAGGUUGACUAAGGAUCAGUUGAAGGGCUGAAGCCACGUAGACCCUCGGGCCCAGAGCUUCAACCUGUGUUUGGCUUUGUCUGUCUCGUUCGUCUGUCAUUCUUAAUGUGAAAAUCUUUUGCACUCUAAAUUCAAUCUUUGCUUCCCCCCCCCUCCCCAUCUUUCCUCUUUCUGUCUCCCACUCUUUCUCUCGUUAUCUAAGCCAUGUCGAGCUAGGCUACCUCUCUCUUCUCCGUAUUAACAACCUCUUCCAGUCAUUCCAUCCAUCCUCCAGGUCUCCCACUAGGGGGACUGGCUCUAGAUGGAUCUCUUUGGGUGCCAAGUAUACAGUUUGUGCAUGUUGGAGUCUCUGCCAUAUCGUCCUAGUUGGUGUCACUUCCUUAAAUCUGUGUAUUGUUUUUGUGUGUCGGCGGGGUGGGAGGGCGGGGGAAAUGUUGACCUCACUGUCCUUACUGUAUGUGGUGAUUGGCAUUGUUUUUGUUGGUUUUUGUGCCUCAUGGCUAAACGAUUCUUGUGCUGUGCCCCUAACUUUCUCUCCUCUUUGUCUUCUCUCUCUCUCUCUCUCUCUCUCUCUCCUCCUGUCGUGUUUUUGUUCCUUUUUUUAGAACAAAUCUCCAUGCCUGUUUGCUCAUCAUUAGCCUAGCAUGUCUUCAUGAUGUUGAAAGCCAAGCCAAACUCCUGGCCUCAUCAUCCCACCAUUGUCUGUGAUGUCUCUCUAAGCUCGCCUGACCAAUACCUGGCCACCCACUGACCCUUGACCUUAGCUCAACCUGAUUUUCUCUGCAUGUAUAUUCAUUUUUUUUUGUUUUUGUUUUUUCUGUAUAGAAAUGUGACAGGUGGGAGAGAGGUCAAGCAAAUCAAUGUGAAAACUUACCUGCGUUGAAUUCAUUUAAGAGACCUUUUUUUUUUUUGGGAUUUUGCGAAUGUUUUAAAAACCUGUGGGAUUUCUUAGUUUUAAUUUAGCUUUGUUUUUUUUUAUGUUUCUUUCGUUUUACCUCUCUCAGUAAAGUUCACUUGAAAGUUGAAUACAGGGAUCGGCACACAGCUGUGCUAUUUGGUGCCAUUAGCAAUAUGUUGGCUUCUUAAAAAAAAAAAAAAAAAAAUGCUACAGACCACUUUCCAACACUUUUGAAAGUCUGACCAGUAAAACCCCUCUCAGUGCUCUGUAAUGAUCUCUACAUUUUGCGGGCAGUGUGAAGAUUUACACCAAGGCUAUUUAGAAAUAUAUUUUCUUUUCAUUUACAAAAAUAUCCAGUGUAUUUACCUUUUUUUGAACUAUUGAAGGCACAAUAAAAGGUACAUUUGCUCUGUUGAGAGAAAUGACUACCUACAUGAGUCAACUUUUUUAGAACUGAUUCACAAAUAGACAAUCUGUGGUUUAAAUGCACACUUAGAUUACCUAUAUUUUAUACCAUUGAAUCUAUAGAAGUUUAACUAACAGAACCCAGGCAAAACUUUGGGUUUUUUGUAGGUUAUGUUGUAAUGUCAUCUGUGUCGGGGGGGUCUUCAGUGUAUUACAUUUUUAAAGAGGACUAAAAAUCAGUUUGAUCAGCGUGGCCGUUUGAGGGUCAUUUCUAGUAAAUUAAAAACACUUAAAGUCAAAAAAUUCCUCUGCAUUAAUUGUAAUUUCAACUUCUGGGUAAAGAAGUACUUUUUUUUUGUAAGGGUCACAGUAUGUAGACUUUUUUUUUUUUUUCCUGCGUUAAAGAAAAAUUUAGUGUUCAACUUCCAUGGUACGUCUUGUUGACUUUCUGUGAAUUUUUCUCAUUAAUAAUUAAUUUAAUUAAUGGAUGUUUCACUUUGGUUCCGUUUGGAUGCCUCAUGAAAGAUGAUUUACAAUGUCUGUUAAUCAUACAGAUGCCAGACAAUGUCUUUUUGUUUAAAUUUGUUGUUAAAGUGCCCAUGUGUCAAACUCAGUGUUUUUGAAUUCACACAUUUUUUCCUGUAAUAUUACCUAGUUUUCUUUACACACACACACACACACACACACACACACACACACACACACACACACACACGCACACACCAAACACUUUUCUGUGGUUGCAAAUGUGGGAGCCCCUGAAGAAGAGAUCACUUGGACACAACACACGACCUGUGGGUCUCUGCACAUUUUAUAGACACACACACUCUUGCUUUUUUAUUUUAGUUUUUAGCGGAUUGUUCUUUUAAGUGACUUCCAGUAUCAUGUUUCAGUCGUACACGAUGCAUAUUAAUACGAAAUCCACCACAAAUAGUGUUGGUUUACAAAUACAUUCCAUUUUUUCAGCACGAAGUUUACACGUUUUUUUUACCGGGGUGGUAUUUUGUCUGUUGUACUACACGUUGUGGAGACGACCCUGGUAAAAUAACAACCACUUCACCCCCAAAGAAGGGUUCCCUAAAACUGCGUACCUGAUGGCGCUGAAGAGUUGUCAACUCAGGGGCUUUUUUUGUGUGUGAAACGAGACACUCACACAGGAUUACGACACAAAAAUGCACAAUUAUAUCACCAUUUGACCUUUUAUUUCUUUCCUCAAAAUGCAUAAAUAUUCCAAAAAAAUAUAAAGAGGUACCAAAUUUGAAAACAGUGCUCGAGGGAUGGUGUUGUUUUGUAAGGAAACGUUAAGCACAAAUGUGGGAGCUAAUCACUUUUGCAGAAUGUUGUGUGUGUGAUUAUAAUCCCCAAAUUUUCAAAGGUACCACUGAUUUCACUUUUUAAUAUGGGCAUGUGCUUUUUACGGUGUGUUUUUUCUAUCCAAAUGCAAUACAAUAUUCAAAGUGCCAUAUAUACGUCUAGAAACUGCCUACACAUCCUUAUCAGGCCUUGGUUUAGAGAUUGCUGCAGUUCGCCUUUUUUUGUCUAUUUAUGCCAGUGUCAUGAAAGCUCUUGUCACCUGCUCUUUCUCCUCCCCUUCGCUCUGUGUGUUGAGUUAUUGGUAAAUGUGUAUUGUGAUGUACUCAAUUUGAACAGUUGGUUAAAAAACUUGUAGAUAAACAAUAAACUUCCCUAUACAUUUGAAGGUUAAACCUCUUUCUUAGUGAGUGUGUACUGUAACACUUUGCGAUACAGACGACAUGUGACCAGAUGUGUUAGGGAAUUUGUUUUGAAAAGUAAAAAAAAAGCUAAAACUCAAGUUAAAAAAAUAACUUAGGUGCCGUGUUAAUAAGAUCUUUUAAGUGAUAAAUUGUGUGUCAAACACUGAAAUGCAGAUCUGUGGUUGGUAUGCAGCGUAUGGUGAAGUGUUACUGUGAAUGAAUAAAAAAAAAUUAAAAAAAGCACAAUGUACAGUCCACAGCGGUCCGAAACAGGAACUUGACUCACUUCAGGGGCUUCCAUCACAAAUCUCGUUCGAGCUCUAACAAUCACUUUCUCUGUUCUGUUGUGUUCAUAUUCUGAAGUGCUAUUUUUUGACAAGUGUGGUAGCUUUGCAUCUCUAUAGAUAUUGUCUUGCUCCAAAAGAAAAGAGGAAAAAAAAAAAUCUUUUCCUGUGUUAUUUUCUUGUCUGAUAAUCGGUAGGACUUUGUUCACCAAUAAUUUAAUAGAUGUUUUAUCUUGUCUUGAUGAAAGCCAAAGUGGGUGCAUCUUGAUGUGAUCUGUAUUAUACAUACAGUUUUUUCUGUUCAGUCAAUAUAAAAAUUUUUGAAACUGGGUGGGAUUUGAAAAAGAAAAAAAAAAAAAGACAUACACAGGCUUUCCAAUUUCUACAACUGGUUGUUCAUAUGUAUUUUGUACCAGUGAAGCUUUUUAUAUUGGAAAUUAAAGAAAAAAAAUCUAUAUUGGAAAAAAAAAAUUGUCUGGCCUCUCAAUGCGGCCUCGCCUUGACCCGGUCUUGAGUUUGGCCUCUUGGUGGUGUCAAGCAAUUUUUUUUGUUUUUUGUCUCUAAAAGAUGCCUGAUUUUGAUUUUACUUGGAUCUCUACGUGUUCCUCACUUCGUUUUUCAGUUUCGGGGCGGGGGAGGGGGGGUUGGGAUCCUCUAAAUCGUGGUAAGUUUCAUGUUAGUAUUCGUGCUGUCCACAUAGUUUAAUGGUCAUCAGGAUUUCGACAACUUUGUGUGGAUAAUUGUCUUAGUUGAAGAGUUAACUAUCUGUUUAGUUUGAGCCUUGCUUUUUACCUGUGUAGAGUUUUCUGUUUUUUCCCAUAGCGGAGUGCGUAGCCGAAAGACUCUGUGUUCUUUUUUGGUCAAUGUUUGUUCAUGUGUGGUGUGUUUCUUUGCCUCUGUCUCCAAAUUAAACCAUUUCCCCUAA